AAUAGAAGCAACGGAUACAUUUCUUUUGCUGGAUAAAAUACAAGGAGUACAUUUUUGAGAAGCCUCAAUCAUCACAUACAUGUGUAGAUCACUGCGCUAUUGUUUUAGUCAUUGUCUCUAUUUAGCAAUGACAAGACUGGAAGAAGUAAACCGAGAAGUGAAUAUGCAUUCUUCAGUGCGAUAUCUUGGCUAUUUAGCCAGAAUCAAUUUAUUGGUGGCUAUAUGCUUAGGUCUUUAUGUAAGAUGGGAAAAAACCGCAAAUUCCUUAAUUUUGGUGAUUUUUAUUCUUGGCCUUUUUGUUCUUGGAAUUGCUAGUAUACUUUAUUAUUAUUUUUCAAUGGAAGCUGCAAGUUUAAGUCUGUCCAAUCUUUGGUUUGGAUUCCUACUUGGCCUUCUGUGUUUUCUUGACAAUUCAUCGUUUAAAAAUGAUGUGAAAGAAGAAAUAACUAAAUAUUUGCUUCUAACUUCCAUAGUUAUAAGGAUAUUGUGUGCUUUGGUGGAGAGAAUAUCUGGUUAUGUCCGUCAUAAACCCACUUUACUUACCUCAGUUGAAUUUCUGGAAUUGGUUGGAUUCGCCAUUGCCAGCACAAUUAUGUUGGUGGAGAAGUCUUUGAGUAUCAUUUUACUUGUUGUGGCUUUGGCCAUGCUGCUUAUUGAACUGAGAAUGAAAUCUUUUCUAGCAAUCCCAAACUUAGUUAAUUUUGCAGCCUUGCUAUUUUUCUCUUCCUUAGAAACUCCCCAAAAUCCCAUUGCUUUUGCAUGUUUUUUUAUUUACCUGAUAACUGAUCCAUUCCUUGACAUAUAUUUUAGUGGACUGUCAGUAACUGAAAGGUGGAAACCUUUUUUGCACCGUGGAAGAAUUUGCAGAAGACUUUCAGUGGUUUCCACUGGCCUGAUUGAGCUUACAUUUUUUAUUCUUUCAGCAUUUAAACUUAGAGACACUCAUCUCUGGUAUUUUGUUAUACCAGGCUUUUCCAUUUUUGGAAUUUUCUGGAUGAUAUGCCAUAUUAUUUUUCUUUUAACUCUUUGGGGAUUCCAUACCAAAUUAAAUGACUGCCAUAAAGUAUAUUUCACUCACAGGAUCGAUAACAAUAGCCUUGAUAGAAUCAUGGCAUCCAAAGGGAUGCGUCAUUUUUGCUUAAUUUCAGAGCAGUUGGUUUUUUUCAGUCUUCUUGCAACAGCAAUUUUGGGAGCAGUCUCUUGGCAGCCAACAAAUGGAAUAUUUUUAAGUAUGUUUCUGAUUGUUUUGCCCUUGGAAUCCAUGGCACAUGGGCUUUUUCGUGAAUUGGGUAACUGCUUAGGAGGAACUUCGGUUGGAUAUGCUGUUGUGAUUCCCACUAACUUCUGCAGUCCUGAUGGUCAGCCAACACUUCUUCCACCAGAGCAUGUGCAAGAGUUAAAUUUGAGGUCUACUGGUAUGCUCAAUGCUAUCCAAAGAUUUUUUGCUUAUCACAUGAUUGAGACUUACGGAUGUGAUUAUUCCACAAGUGGACUGUCUUUUGAUACUCUGCAUUCAAAACUGAAAGCUUUCCUUGAACUUCGAACUGUGGAUGGACCUAGACACGAUACAUAUGUUUUAUAUUAUAGUGGGCAUACCCAUGGUUCAGGUGAAUGGGCUCUUGCAGGUGGAGAUGUACUACGCCUUGACACACUUUUAGAAUGGUGGAGAGAAAAGAACGGUUCCUUCUGUUCCCGACUUAUCAUUGUAUUAGAUGGCGAGAAUUCUACCCCUUGGGUGAAAGAAGUGAGAAAAAUCAAUGACCAGUAUAUUGCAGUGCAAGGAGCAGAGAUGUCAAAGACAGUAGAUAUUGAAGAAGCUGAUCCACCACAACUGGGUGACUUUACAAAAGACUGGGUAGAGUAUAACUGCAACUCCAACAGUAACAUCUGCUGGACUGAGAAAGGACGCACAGUGAAAGCAGUUUAUGGUGUGUCAAAGCGGUGGAGUGACUACACACUCCACCUGCCAACCGGAAGUGACGUAGCCAAACACUGGAUGUUACACUUUCCUCGUAUUACAUAUCCGGUAGUACAUUUAGCUAAUUGGCUGUGUGGUCUGAACCUUUUUUGGAUCUGCAAAACUUGUUUUAGGUGCUUGAAAAGGUUAAAAAUGAGCUGGUUUUUACCCACAGUGCUGGACACAGGACAAGGCUUCAAACUUGUCAAAUCUUGAUGUGGAAUCCAAAGUGGAGUAUUAUUGAAAGUUGAUACCAUCAGUUAUUACUAACUUGCCAUUUUUUGUAUAUUGUAGUUUUUGGUGUGGAAAUUAUCUUGCUACUUCUGUAGCAACUUUCUAUGUUUUUCAAAUAAUUAUGGUAUAUGUAAGCUGUUGGGAAGAAACAUUUUUUAUUCAAACAGUAGAGAGUCAAAUGACUGAAAUGAAAAAGAUGUUCAAAAUAACAAUGCACUUUGAGGAAUGUUUUUAUAUACCUGAUUAAAAAGAAAACAUGUCUGCACUGCAGUGGCCUACAAAGAAUUAUUCAUGCCUUAUUUUCUAGGCAUAUAGAAUGUAGACCAAUUUAUUAUUACUACUGGUAAAGAAUACUACCAAUUUGCUUAGAGAUUUCUCUAUAAACCGUAGGUUUGAGUCCAGGAUAAUUGAUGAAUUACAAAUGCUUUCUUAGAAAAGGGAUGUCUGCAUGAUAUUUAAGCAGAAUUUGCUUAUAAUUGAUCACAGUCAGAUGUCUGGUUGUGAGGUAUUACCAGUUUAGCAGAGAAACCCAAAUCAUUGUUUAGAUCAAAACAUUCUACUAAAGUUAACUUGUAAAAGUUAAGAGUCUAUAAAUUGUUCCUUCUUGUAUUAUUGGAGACUUCUAAAAGCUGGACAAUUUGAAGAUUCUUUCUCAAGAUAAUAAUAUUUUCAUAAUGAAUAUUUUCACCAACUAAAGCUUUCCAAGUAAAUUCUUUCAUAGUUAUAGAAAAAUGUUAGCCAUUUCUCACUGAUAUAUAGACUUUUCUGCAUCCAGAUAUUAUUUUGACCUUUGUAGAUUAAUGCUCUAACACAAAAAUUACUUUAAUUCCCAUUGUUUUUCCUACUACAGGCCAAAAAUUUGAAACAAAUCUUUUUUUUUUUUUUGCUUGUAGCAUGUAUUAUGUAAAGAAGUGUUCUUAUUGGCAAUUUUAACUCAGCGUAAUGGUAUAGUUCUAAUUUUUAAAUUUAAUUCAGUGUUUUGUCUGAUUAAAGUGGGGAUUUAGGGUAUAUCCAAAAUCUAAUUUUCCUCCUACUCUUUUCUCCAAUAAUCCUCACAUUAUAAACUUCCAUUUCUGAGAAAUAACAAGAGAAGGAGAGAAUUAAAUUGGGGGAUGUUCUGAUCUUUGUUUAAAUGGUGUGACUUCCCACUAUUGAAGCCAUUUAUCCAGCCUCCACAAGAGGAAAAUAAUGUCUCUACCAUUUUCUACCUGACAAUUUGACAAGUAAAGUUCCAAUUAGGAAGAAGGAACUUAGUGUCAGGAAACUUACAUGCCACUAUCUAUGCAGCAUUGCUAUAGUAUGAUUAUUUCCAUGUUUUGAAUACAAUUUACCUAAUGCUUUGAAUAAAAGUUUGUUUUAAAAUUC